AUGCGUUCUUCCAGUGUUUGUGGUCUGCUCUCAGUAGCUUUAUUAGCUUCUUCACCCGUGAUCGCAUUUAGAGAUACUUCACCUUUCUUACUUUGGAAUACCGAUCCAAGUCGAGCAUUUGAAGAUGCAUCCAAACUUCUUUCUGGAUCAGCAUUAACUUCUUCGGAAGAAGUUUAUGGGAAAUUACAAAGUUUAGGAUGUGAUUGGGAGAAUCUAGUGGUUCUUUCUAAAGAUAAUCUUCAUUCAUCUCAUCUUGAAGAAUUAGAUUAUCCAACUCACGACGCUCACGUUCAUAUACCAUAUCUGUCGAAACCGAGUAAAAGAAAUCUCGAUUGUAGUCUAAAAGGAUGGGCAGAAUCAUGUGGUGCUCAAAUCGUAUCUUCGUUCGAAUCAAGAGUCGACAAUCAUAAGAAUGUCAUUGUGAUUGAAUCGACUCGAGGAGAAUCACUGGCAUCGAUCCCUUCUGAUUUAGCUGAACCUUACAUUAUCCUCUUGACUGGAUCGGGAUCAGCGUCGUCAUCAAUCCAAGAAAAUGAUAAUGUUAAAAGACAAGAAAGACCUUUCCCAACUCAUAUAACACAAUCAGCAAGUGCUACCACCACACUCUCUCAACCCACUUCCACUUCAACUACAACGCCUAGAAGAAAUUCAACCAUCCCACCUUCCGACGCACCGCUACUACAAAGAGUACAACUGUUAACUACUCCAAUCAUCACUGCCUUAUUAAUCACUUUUGGUCUGUUCAUCCCAAUAGCUGUAUUUGGUAUUUCAAUGUUAACUAGUAUUCAAGUUCCUCCAAGGAUGAUGGAAAUUGGAAAAGGAUUAGUUGUUGGAAAAGAGAAAAAAGAUCAAUAA